UGAAGCGACGUUAGCCGAUGCCGCACUUUGCAUCAUUACCACGCUAGUAACUUGAACGCUUCUUCCGGUGCAAUAUUCCCGCAAUAUUUGUCUAAUUAAUCCAAAAAAAAAAAAAAAAAAUUUUCUACAAAAAAAAAAAUCAUCCACAACUUUUAUCAGCCGAAAUAAUGAACACGUUCAAUAAUCGAUUUAUGGGGAUUCUUACUUGCCUCCUAGCAGUUAUUUGUAUUAUAGCAGCAACUGAAACAUAUCCGGAUUAUGCAGAUGAAACAGCCGAAAGAAUACCAGAAAAUAUUCUUCCGGAAUUAUAUAGACGCUUAUUGGAACGUAAAGUAUGGGACAAUGAAUAUGGGAUACCAAUGGAACAUUUAAUGAUUCGAAAAUCGCAACGAUCACCAUCUUUGCGUCUUCGAUUUGGACGUGCUCUUCCUCCUAUUCCAACGGGAGCGCUUCCAAGAUCAAAUCCAGGGUCAUUUCAAGAGAACUAAUUAAAUGGCAGUUUAAUUAGUUUUCAUACUCAGCUAAAACCUUCCUUUCGUUGCGUACUUUGUGUAAGCAUCAUUUUAUUUUAAUUCCUUUAAAACUUUUACUCAAUUCAUAUCAUCGAAAGCUAUUUUGGCAUUUGUCAAACAAAAAAAAAAAAUUAUUGAAAACAAUUUCAUUUUUUUCAAAUAAAUACGUUUCUCUCACGUUUGAAAAAUAUAAUUUGACUUUUUCAAAAUUAAAGAAAAAAAAAAUUUAAUAUUUACAUUAAUUUAAAUUUAUAAUUAUAAAUCACAAAUUGUUAUUAUUCAAUUAUUAAUAAUAAUUAAUAAUUCGAUUGAUAAUAAACGGCAUAAAAAUACUGUAAAUUAUAUCUGGAUUUUCGAAAAAAAAAUCGUCAAUCAUAUUCUAAUAAAAAAAAAUAUAUAUUUUCCCAAAAAUAAUGAUAAAAUUAAAUUUUUUUUCUUUUAAUGUUUCUUGAUUUCCAAAAAAAAGGGGAUAAAUUAUAUAACAAUAUAAAUUAUGUAAUAAAGACAAUUAAUAUUAUUAUUAAGACAAUGAUUUAGUGAGACAAUCAAUAGACUUGAAAAUGAAAAGUAAUCUUUUUCACAUAAUUUUUAUACUGGAUUAUAUAAUUAUUUUAUCUAAUUUAUAAUUCCUUUUUUUCGUGAAAUUAAAAGAUAUUAGAAAAUAGGUUGAAAAUUCUAUUUCUCUUUCAAUAAAAUUUUAUUUUCAUAAAUUUUAUGCGAAAAUUUAUUUUUAACUGUGUUUUAAGUUAAACAAAAAAAAAAAAAGAAUCAAAAGUUGUUAUAUUAUUAUACGAGAAUUCCUCGAUUAUAGAGAUGUGGAAAAAUUAUUUUCGAAUGGAAAAAAAAACUAAUUACGUUUAAUUAUAUAUGAUAAAUAUAUAGAACUUUUAAUCACUCGCUAAAUAAUUCCACAAUCUUUUAAUAAAUAAUUAUAUCUGUAAGUAAAUAUAAA